AUCGCUAAUUCGCCUCUAUUUCAUUUGUUUAGCAAAUUGUUUUAAUUAAGUUUUGUAAAACAGUGCAAAACAAUGGCGUUAGCCAUUCAAAAGACGCCAAGCUUUAUUGAGACCAUAGUGGGUGUGCCGCCGUUUAAAAAGCUACGCUUACUGACAGCAGCACCGGCGGAGAGGAAAGUCAAACCAAAACCAGAGAAAAAGUUGCCACUGCUGACGCUUCUAGAUGCAUAUAUACCUAACCCAAACGCAGUAAAUACCAUAGCAGUACUAACAACACCAGCUGGAACGCCGCUGCCGCCGCCAGUUUUGACAACAAGCCCAUCACAGAUCAAGGAACUGCUUGAACUGCUGGUGAAGAUAACAGAUGAGAUUUGUUAUGACAAUGUGCCAGUGGCGGAGCUUAAGGAGUGCGCCGCUAAAGUAUUUCACCUUUACCAGGUGCAAGAUCGUGACAGCGACACUUCGGUACGGGUUAAACUGUUGGAGCUACUCGCCGGCUUGGGCUGUGAAUUCCCUACCGAGGAGGGCUUGGUACUUGUCAUAGACUACUUUAUCUAUUUGCUGCGCAAGGAGACCGCACAGAAAGUGCUUGCCCAGGGACUCAUGUGUCUGUAUCGACUUGGCCAGCAAUCGCAUGCGCGCAAAUUCUUACCGCUGGCCUACAACACGCAGGUGGCGCAUUUGGCCAAGGAACAGCUUCGCAGUGGCUCCACACAAACGCAAAAGAAUGCCAUGUUGGUCAUGGGCAGAUUUGCCACCUGUCACGAAGGCGAGCGGCAAUAUGUCUGGAAGCUGGCAUUCUACAUAGACGCGCAGGAUUCUGGUGUGCGGGCGCAAGCUUUGAAUGCUCUACUUACACUUGGGGAACGUGGCGCCCACUUGCCGCCUGUGUUAUAUAAACGCGCCGUAGAAGCCAUGAAGGAUGACUAUGAAUGCGUGCGCAAGGAGGCACUGCGCUUGGUGCACAUGCUGGGCAAUCGUCAUCCGGACUAUAUACUGGGUACAACGGAGGAUAUGCGGAUGAUUGAUGCCGCGUUCAGCAAAGUAUGCGAGUCACUCUGCGAUCUGUCGCUGCAGAUACGCGUGCUGGCAGCGGAGCUCCUGGGUUCCAUGACAAGUGUGAGCAGCGAGUUCCUGAAUCAGACGCUGGACAAGAAGCUGAUGAGUAAUUUGCGACGCAAGCGUAAUGCACAUGAGCGUGGCGCACGUUUGGUCACGAGUGGCGAAUGGUCCUCUGGAAAGCGCUGGGCGGAUGAUGCGCCGCAGGAGCAGCUCGAUGCGCGCACUGUGUCUAUUAUAGCGAGUGGCGCUUGUGGCGCGCUUAUACAUGGUCUGGAGGAUGAGUAUCUCGAAGUACGCACUGCUGCAGUGGGCUCCAUGUGUCAGCUGGCCAUGGCGCGUCCAGAGUUUGCUUUGACUAGUUUGGAUUUUCUGGUGGACAUGUUCAACGAUGAGAUUGAAGAUGUGCGCCUAAAGGCUAUCUAUAGUCUGACCGCCAUAGCGCGUCACAUUGUGCUGCGUGAGGAUCAGCUGGAAAUUAUGCUGGGCUCACUAGAGGACUACUCGGUGGAUGUGCGCGAGGGUCUGCAUCUCAUGCUGGGCGCUUGUCGUGUCUCCACACAACCGUGUCUGCUUAUGGUCGUGCAGAAGCUGCUCGACGUGCUGUCCAAGUAUCCACAGGAUCGACACUCAACCUAUGCCUGCAUGCGCAAGAUUGGCCAGAAGCAUCCGCAUCUGGUUAUGGCGCUUUCCGGUCAUCUGCUCUAUGCUCAUCCGUUCUUCGAGACGCCGGAGCGUGAUGUUGAGGAUCCUGCGUAUCUUUGUGUGCUCAUCUUGGUUUUCAAUGCCGCCGAGCAUCUAGUGCCCAUCAUUAGUCUGCUGCCCACAGCUACACAUCGUCACUAUGCCUACCUGCGUGAUUCGAUGCCGCAACUGGUGCCGCAGCUGCCCAUCGAAGGCGCCUCUAGCUCUGCCCAGCAACGCAUCGAUGAUGCACUUAAAGCCGCCGGCAGCUCUGCCGAGUAUCUACAGAUGAUACUCUCGCAUAUUGGAGAUAUUUUCUCGCUUACCGACUCGGAACGCAUCGAUCUGCUACAGACGGCGCAAGCUAAUCUGCAGCGUUUGGGCGCCAUAGAUGCACACAUGUACGGCACUUCCAACUUCCUGGAGACCUUUCUCUCGGCUCAGAUACAAAUUGAGCAAAUGCAGCGAUGCGCACGCACCCAGCGCAGUCGCAUGCCACUGAAGGAAUCUCUGGCGGAGCUAAUACGAAAUUGCCUUAAGCUUCAGCACACGUUCUCUGGCAUGACCUACGGCGAUGUAUUGCAAGUGAAGCAGCUGCGUCUACGUGCGAGUGCGAUACACUUGGUGCUUGUGGUACGUGACCGUUCCCAGAGCGCGCUGGGUCCUUGCCAGAUGUUGCUGCAGACAGCGGGCGAUAUAAGCGCGUUUAUGAAAGCGCAAGCCAAGAAGGACGCAGCUGCGUCAGCGUCAACAAAACCAAAGACGCCGCCGUCAGCGCAGCCAGACAGCUUUACACGCGAUUUGCUGUCCAAACUGGAUGCAAUAACAGAUCCCAAGCCGGGACGGGUGUUUCGUGAGAUCUUACCAUUGGUGCAGCAUGCGCCACCGCUGGCGCUGCCGCCGGCAAACUCGAAGAUUAGGCGUUGCAUGGCCAGCAUUUUGGAGCCAUGUCCUAUGCAGUCGCAGGAUAAUGCGAUCAAGGUCACUGCAGGGCUCAUCGCCGCCGUGCCUUUUGUCGCUGAGAUUGAGAAUCUUCAGGAGUCGCAGCGUGCAGACUUGCGUAUAAAGAUUAAAUAUCCGGAUCAGAAUAUGCACACUGUAGUGCCCAAGAUGAGUGACUUUAAGCCUAUUAUGACGGAGCUGGGCGAGCACGAGACAAAUGUGCGCCUCCGAACUACCAUUUUGCUCUCGCACAGCGUCUGGACAGAGGCAUCUCUGGUGGAGAUUCAACUUUGCCUUGCCGUGCGUCCGGGCAGCGAACUGGAGCUCUGUAAGCCCGCUAAGGUGCUAUUUGCGCCCAAGCCCGUACGCCGCGGUAUCUAAAGUACAUGCAUAUAGUAAAUAUAAAUAAACAACACGUUG